GUCAGCCCCCUCCCGGUCGACCCGGCAACGUAUAAACAGAUCAAUCACGAGCGGUGACAUGCCAGUAAACCAUUCGCUGCUGCUUAUUGAGCUAUAAAUAUUACUCCAUAAAAUAAAACGAGUGUUGUGCAAUAAAAGUUUUUGGUACGAACCUCUUUUUCGCGGGCUAUUUGAAUAUUCUGGCCGUUCGUUCGGAAUUCAAACUUUCAAGUUUUUGCCACCAAAAAGUUGACAUCGCUUGUAAUUAUUUGAAGGAUUUAAAGUCUCGAUUUCGGACAACAAUUUGUGGAGUUUACAUUGCAGAGUCGAUUUUUAAGUGAAAAAUGGCAAACGAGGCUGAAGAAACGGUUCGCAAGCUUGCUAUGCACAAGGGUGUGGCAGGAGUCAUUGUGGUGAACGGUGAAGGUAUACCGAUCAAGACGACGUUGGAGAAUCAUGUUUCUGUUCAGUACGCGGGGUUGAUGAGUUCAUUGGUGGACAAAGCGAAGGCGGUAGUACGAGAUCUGGAUCCUACAAAUGACUUGACGUUCUUGAGGAUACGCAGUAAGAAAAGUGAAGUGAUGGUAGCUCCCGAUAAAGACUUUAUACUUAUAGUGGUUCAAAAUCCUGUGGAAUGACAGAAUAUCUUGGCUCGUGGGCCAAUUUUUAUGCUUUGUUUAGUUAAAAAUCGCGAAUUUUGUUAGCUUUACAUUACUAAACUCGUAAUUAUGUAGGCUGACCUAGAUUGCUUGAUGAUGAAAUUAUUUAGCCAUUAGUAGAUAUUGUUACUAUAUUAAUGCUAUUAGCACGGCUACCGCCAGGGGCGGGUUUUUCGCUUAGUCAUAUUUCGUCUUUGACGUCUUGAUUAAUGUCUUUGUGUAAAAUUGAUCAAUUACUUAAGUAAUUAAUAUUUCUCCUUUGAAACCAAAAUUAUACAAUUUAGCACCUAUAUAUAGCUGUUGCUAUUUGAAUGAGAUGGAAAUUAAAGAAAAGGAUUGUACUAGAUGAGUGGCACUCGCCUCACCACGAAUGUUUUGGGACAAUGACACAAGUUUGUGUAUCACCUUGAUAUUAUUAUUCUUAUGGGAAAUAAAUUAUUGUGCGUUAUUUUUGCACAUUGUAAGUCAAAAUAAAUACCAUGUUAAUCCGCUCCUGAUUACAGCAGCGUAUUCGGUAAGCCGCAGAAUUUUAAGUAGGGUUACUAAUCAAAUGCGUAUUCUUUAAAUGUAGUACAUUCCUAUAACAAUCAUUGUACCAGCCUAAAUAUUGUUACAAAGAAAAUAAACGAGAGUAAAAUUAAA